AUGUUUGGACGACAAAUAUUUUUAGAACCUGUAGAUAACCGUAGAUAUAAUGAAAGACGUAAUGAAUAUAUUCAACAAUUUUCUACAAAUCAAGGACAGGGUGUAUCAUUUAAUUCGCCAGUGAAUAUACCAUCUUUAAGAAACGAUGCAUUGACGUUUGAUUUAAAUUUCAUUCUUCUCGAAGAUAAUGAUUAUGGCCAACCAAAUAAUCUAUAUUUACGAACUAAUCCUGGAAACAUACCUAAUCGAUAUUUAUUGGAGUAUAUAAGGCAAAUGAAAGAAAGAUACCUAAUCAUGGAAAGAGAAUUAACAAGAACAAAAAUGUUGAUUCCUGUAAUUACGCGUAACACUAAUAUUAUACAUCAAUCGUCUCAAACAGAUGUAAAUUGGAAACAAUGUUCCCUUACAAGAUAUGGACAUUUUUUUGGAACCUCUUCAAAAAAUCAAUAUAAAAACAAGCAAGAGCAAAUUAAGAUUUCGUCAAGAAGGAAGCAUUAUACGAAAAAGAAUAAAGAUUCAGUUAGCAAGAUUUUAGAUGAUCCAGACUAUAUGAAAUACAAAAAUUCGUCACAGAAUGAUAUUUACCCUAUGAAAGAGCCUGAUAGUAACACGUUUCAACCAGGAAUAUUAACUAGCAAUCCAACUGCAGUUUGUUCGAUGCACAAUGUUGCUGUGAUUCUCCCACAGGAUCCAACUCAAUUCACCGAUUCAUUGAAAUACAAACAAACUAAUUCUAAAACGUCGAUGGAAGCAUGCCAAAGCUUCGACAAGAAACAUAAACCGGAAACGUCGUACUACGCUAACUUCGAUGUCAAACAUGAAGAUCAUACGCAGACUAAACCUACUGUAUAUGAUCCAGAAUUUCGGCCAGUAAUGGAAUCGAAAUUUAACAGCGAUAUUUCCGAUCAAUCUACAUCCUACUGUCAACAACAGAAUACCAAUACCGAGGAAAAAUGCAUGUUUAAAGGAAACAAAUUUCUUGAAAAUGCAGAUGCACAUCGAAAAGAUAAUUUCGAUGUUCGUCAAAUACCUCAAAGUAAUCGCAAUUACUGGAACAACCACGCGAAUAAGUUGUCCUGUGAAAGAACGAGUUAUACAAACGAUUCCUCGAGACAAUUCACGCGCACGAUACAGAAACAGAAGAAAGAAAUACAUAAGAAAAUACCAACUCCACGUAGUAAUGUUCAUACGGCUUACACACCUAUUAUGCAACCUCUCGCGUGGAAUUCUAUGUUAGAUCCCAAUGGUUUUACCAUUCAAUUAUUAAGGUAUGACACAGGGAAUAGAACAAGAAAUGAAAUUUUCAAUCUCUCUUCAUAUUUUGAUUUCUAUUUCCACAGACUUGCAGUGUUACUUUACGCCCCGGCAUUGAUGCCGGCAUUAAAUUCAUUGAUUGCACGACAGAGUAUUCAAACGACAAUUCCAAUACCUUGCUCCGAAGGUUCAAAUGAUUUGUUGACGCAAAUUUUCGCAAUUUUGAACAGUCAGCAAUGUGUUCCAAAUUUACCGUACAUAGCAAGCCCUCGAAUCGACGAAAAUUCUGGGCAACCUCGAGAAUCGAAUUCACAUAAUUUAACACGGCAAUCAAACUCGCUUUCUGAGAAUCUUUCGAAGCAACAGCAAGAUGAUGAUGCUUGCAGUACGAAAACUUUCGAGAGCAAUCAGUUUGACAAAAAUUCAAUCGCUGUUAAUACUUCUUUAGAAAUAUGUAACUGUAAUAAUAUGAAACAGUCGUUUCCGCAACAUGGCAAAAAUACUUUACACGACCAGGUAGAAGAAAAUGAGAGGUUGAUGUAUACGUGGACAAAGAAAACAUCAAAAUCCUCGGAAACAGUAGUGUUAGAAAAAUCAGUAUCGCAAUGCGAACAGAUGGAGAAAAAUUCGGAAAGAGUACCAGAAGAUUCUGAAUUCUCUCAAACUUUAUUAGCGCAAGAAAACACUGACGUUUGGGAUGAUCAAAAUUGGGACGAUUGA